AUGCGCACAGCUAGGGAGUUGGAGCGAGGAAAACCAUACAAGGACGGGAAUUUGGGUAUCGAGUGUCAACGCCCGGGCAUUUAUGGAGGAGAGGCCGACGAAGUGGAGUUUAAAGAGAGCCCAUGGGGUGUGCCAGCAGCAGCUCUUCUGGCAGCCAUAACAAGCCAGUGUGAACAUCCACAGAACUGGAUGUUGCUCGAUAGGCCACGUGAACUCCUUAUUGCUAUGGAGGACUGGUACAACAGGAAAGUUCCUGAAGAAAGGUACACACUUCCCGAAGAUGCCUGGGAAUGGAAAGAACUACGAAGGCUGGAAAAAACAAAAUGGAGCCAGGCGUUCGAGUUGUGCGGGGGUGGCGAGAACGGUGUGUGUUCACGAUGUCAAGAUAGGACGACGAAAAUGACGAAGGUGAAGCUCGAGCCGAUGUCUGUUUAG